GCGGUCGCUGAAGCUUAGGCUGAUCUCAAGGGUUUUCUGUUAUCUCGACUACUUCUUUGACGAUUAUCCGUAAAAAAAUAAUUCUACAAACAGUCUUAAUAUGUCUUGCACAACGUUUGACACAUCUCCAACUCAAGAUGGUGACUUUUCAUUCUGUCAGGAAAAGUUGUGUUGAAUACAUAAUUCACCAACCAAUAGCUUUGUAACCAUGCACAGUUGGAGAAAAAAAUGGCGGCAGGGAAGUAAGUUGUCAAGACAGCAUUGUAAAAUAUGAAGAUAGCUCUACAAACUCUCGUUCAAUAUGUCGACCCCAAAGAUGACUUUCACAGACAAAAAGUACUUCUAUACUGCAGAGGAUUUCCAGUGGUCCAGACUGUGGCCUGGUAAUGGAGAUGAGAAAAAUGAAACUUUAGAGUUGAGCAAGUUUGACAAAGAGCUUCAAGAAUGCUGGGAUGCUGCAUUGGAGGCUGGUUCUUUUGCAUACAAAUUGCAUCAUGUGGAGGGAAGAAUUGUGCCUGGUAGAUAUGGAGUAUUUGUCCAGGGUGUCAGCCUUGUUUGUGAAAACGUUUAUGAAGUCAACGAUUAUCCAACUACGACGUUUGUCUUUGAGCUGGCACCAGAGACUGAUGUUGGCUUUCUUGCACGCACAAUACACAAAGUUUCGUCGUAUUUUAUCCAAGAAGAGGUCGCUCAUAACUUGCACAUCAUUCGGGGGGCAAGAUGCCGUCCUAGUGUUCAAAUGAAUGGGCUUACGCAAGUCGACAGCGAUGAAUGUUCAGUUCUCAGAGUAUACCUCUGGCCAAGAAACCCUGUCCAUGGUGCGAAGGAAUUGAGUUCUUACGAGUCUGAAAAGCGACCUAUCGCUGUCUACGAGUUUGCUGGUUCUCUGGCAGUAGAAAACUAUAUGGCUGCACCAUGUAGUGGGAUUUGUUCAUUAGAACAACAAUUCAGCUACACUGAAAAUGACUUUCACUGGCCCAGUGGAUAUGGUAAUCGUGACAAGUUACAACAAGAGUUCACAAUCAGCAAGUUUGAUGAGAAGCUUCAAACAAGUUGGAAUGCUGCUGUGGAUGCAGGCUAUUUCACUUACAAAUUGGACUGUGUAGACGGAAGAAUUGCUCCUGGAAAAUAUCAUUUGUAUGUCCAGUUGAAUGAGCUGCGAUUCUCAAAACGGAGGAAGCCUGAUCUAAUCAAUAAGGUGUCACAGCCAUUUGACCCAUCAAAAUUCAACUUCACCAAAGUACCGCAGAAAGAGGUGAUGUUUGAACUUAUUCCAAAGCACAGGGGUGCAGUGACGAAUGAUCGACAUGUCAUGAUAAUUAACAAUAGUCCUAUUGAAUAUGGCCACUCACUCUUGGUACCAAGCAUAAACUCUUGUCUUCCUCAGAUAUUAACUGAAGAGGCACUGUUACUAAGUAUGGAGACAGCCCUGUUGAGUAGUCACAGAGGAUUCCGUGUGGGUUUUAACAGCUUAUGUGCGUAUUCUUCCGUGAAUCAUUUACAUUUCCAUUUAUGGUACUGUGAGCACCCAUCCUAUCUUCAAACAGUGGUAAGUUGGUUGGUCAUUUGUCUUGGUAACGCUUCAACGUUUUGACUCGGCCUCAACAUUUUCAAAUAGAAGACAUUAACUUACAUAUCGGUGCUAUUCUCUACCAAUCAGGAACCGAUUCCCUUCUGUAAAGAUGUAUUUGAAGUUAGAGACUAUGCAACAAAUACGCUUGUCUUUGAGCUGGGACCACAAACUGAUGUUAGCUUGCUAGCAAGGAAAAUACAUCAAGUAUCGUCAUAUUUUGUGCAAAACGAAGUAGCACACACGUUCCUCAUUCUACGGGGAAAUAAAUGUAGCCUAAGGACUCAAAACGGCGAGUUUGUUAAUGGAGAAAGCAACCAUCCUGUGAUCAGGGUCUUCCUUUGGCCUCGAAACCCGGUCAGCGGUACCCAGGUGAAAAGUUCCUAUGAUGCGGACGAGCGCCCUACCGCUGCCUUUGAAUUUACCGGAUUCGUUUCAGUAGAGACGAGAGAAACCUACAAUUUGUUUACUGAAGAACACUUCUGUAAAUACAUGAAAGGUGCAACUUUACCAGAAGAGGAGUUUACGAGACACAAAGAGACGAUACGAGAACUAUUGAAUAAGUAGACACAUCUUUUAACCGCAGUCAGUGCCGGAUGAUAAGACUGGGAUUCUGAUUGCUAAGUUCUAACAUUUUAACUAUUCGCUAAUACACCAGAAAAGCUCCAUCAUUAAGCCCCCCUCCCCUCCCCUAAAAAAAACUGAAACAAAACAAAGCAAACCAAAACAAAAAUAAAACAAAAAAAAUACUUCUCUAAACUCUGGUUUCAAAUAUUGCCUGGCUAAAACGAGUAUUAUCGUUUUUUUUAUCGUUGUAAUAUUUUGAUUUUAGUUUGCGAAAUACAUCCCACGGUUUUAUUUGUGCAUCGUAUCAAUUGCAUAAAAAGCACGAAACCAUUAAAGCGUUCUUUGUGACUAGCAAGAACAUCUGUCGCGCCUAACAGUUCGUUUCUUUGAAAGUCAAGCCCAAGCAAACAAGAACUUCAGAAUCGUUCAGUGCGGCCAUUCUGUUUCUGCGUAUUUUUGCUCUGUUCUACAGUGUACUACCGUGGCAUAUUUUGCACGAUCUCGUUACCUUAUUUGGCAAAAUGACGUAGCGGAAUUUUAAAUUUGGUUAUUAAAAAAGGUGCUAAGGGAAUCUGUAACUAUAAGCUCCUUCAUAUUUCUAGGACUCCUGCUUUUUAUCACAAAACUACAACACGUCAAAAAGUUCGAACCUCCGAAUAUUAUGUCCUUUGUAAGCUAACACAGCUACAUGAGCAUGGCUGUAUGAGUAAAUGGAAGAAAUUGUUCUGAGAAGAAUUAAACACGAAGGCGCACUAUAUAAGGUAGUCUUCCUUGGGAAGACCUAGGCUCAUUUGUCAGUCAUCGUCGACGUGUGCGGGUCAAAUUUAAAUGCUGGUAGACGAAC